GGCAGCUCCGCGUCAGGGUUGCGCUCGGACCGGCUCCAGCGCUAGCGAGAGGGCACAACACAGCCCAGCACCGUGACCCCCCUCCCGGAUUCUUUUUCUAGGGGGUCUUUUUUUCCAUCCUCUGCUUUCAGAGGCAGCUGAGCUCCAGCCGCGCCGGGGAACCGCGGGACCGCGCUCCGGGCUCGCUCGGCGGAUGGACCCGCAGCCCAGCGCCAGGAGCUGCAGCCGCGGGGCUCCCGCCUGCGAGGUGGUCCCGAACGACCCCCCCAUGAACCUCUACAUCAACACGACCACCGGGACUCGCUAUGAGCUCUCCGUGCCCGCCGAGGAGACGGUGGAGGGGCUCAAGAGGCGCCUGUCCCAGCGUCUCAAGGUGCCCAAGGAGCGGCUGGCGCUGCUGCACAAAGAGAGCCGCCUCAGUUCUGGGAAGCUACAGGACCUGGGGGUCAUGGAAGGCAGCAAGCUGACGUUGGUGCCCACCGUGGAGGCUGGCUUGAUGUCUCAGGCAUCCAGACCAGAGCAGUCGGUGAUGCAAGCUCUGGAAAGCUUAACUGAAACUCAGGUCAACGACUUCUUGUCGGGGCGGUCGCCGCUGACCCUGGCGCUGCGGGUGGGUGACCAUAUGAUGUUCGUGCAGCUGCAGCUGGCGGCGCAGCAGAGCAGCGGCCAGCUCCAGCACCGCCACCUCAUCGCCAGCCGCGGCGAGGCAGGCGCCGCCGCCAGCCCCCACUGCCGCACGCUGCACGGCGGCGCCGGCUCCGGUUUCGCCCGCAUCCCCGUGGUGCCCACCUGCCAGCAGAGCCCGGCUCCCAGCAGCCCUGCCCCCGCCACGCCGGCCCCUUCCGUGUACUGUAACGCCCCCCACGCCGCUCCCGUCACGGCCGGGAUGUUCCGCUCGCACGGGGCCAGCGCGCAGGCGGUGAACAGCAGCGUGGUCUCCUCCUGCUCCGAGGUGGACUGUGGCACCCGCAGCAGCAGCUCCCCUGGCAGCAGCCCAGCCCCCACCGCCCGAUCCCGCAAGCCAGGGGCAGUCAUCGAGAGCUUCGUCAACCACGCGCCUGGGGUCUUCUCAGGGACCUUCUCCGGCACUUUGCACCCCAACUGCCAGGACAGCAGCGGGCGGCCGCGGCGAGACAUUGGCACCAUCCUGCAGAUCCUGAACGACCUCCUCAGCGCCACGCGACACUACCAGGGCAUGCCCCAGUCCCUGACACAGCUCCGCUGCCAGACGCAGUUCUCCUCCUCCUCUUCCUCCUCCUCCUCCUCCUCUUCCUCCUCGCCUCCAGCCUCCCCGGACCUCUCUGCCAAAACUACCUCAGAGGCGCUGCCGGCGGCCGCAGCCUCUCCGCCCCUGCACCCUGUCGUCCAGUGCCAAAGCCAGAUCCGGAUGUGCAAGCCCAGUGGGGACCGCUUGCGGCAGACGGAGAACCGAGCGACGCGCUGCAAGGUGGAGCGGCUGCAGCUGCUGAUGCAGCAGAAGCGGCUGCGCAGGAAGGCUCGCCGGGAUGCCAGGGCGCCCUACCACUGGCUGCCCAACCGCAAGUCCGCCCGCACCAACAGCAACAGCAGCGUCUCCAGCGAGGGCAGCCUGGACCUCGACUUCGAGGACUCUGUCUGGAAGCCGGAGGUCAAGGCGGACCUGAAAUCCGAGUUUGUCGUAGCAUAGACGCCGGUGCCACGCCCCGGGCAGGCGGUCCCGGGGGGUCCGCGGACUCUGCCGAGGGUGGGGGACGCUCGGGUCCCGCCGCCCCGGCUGCUGGUGGUGUCAUUUCUGUUGUCCUGGGCCAGACCUCCUCUAAGAUUUGCUGUCUCCUGCGACCGGACGCCUCGGGGCUGACCCUGCCCGCGCCGGGGAAGCUUUUUGCGGUGGGGGUGGGGCAGCCUCACACCCCCGGCCCUGACUCGGUUGGGUUGGGGGAGCAGGCAGGAGCCUCUGACCCCUUUCUGCAUCCUCCUCAGUCGGGAGAGUUGGGGGUCCUGGCACCUGGAUGGGGGCAGCCUCCUCCUCCUCCUCCUGCAUCCUCCUCGAUCCAGAGAGUAGUGGGGUCAGGGCAGGGGGGCGAGAGGGUCCUGGCACCUGGAGGGUGGCAGCUCCCUUCUGCAUCCUCCUCAGGCAGGAGAGCUGGAGGGGUCCUGGCACCUGGAUGGGGGCAGCCUCCUCCUGCAUCCUCCUCAGCCAGGAGAGCCUGGCACGCGGGGGGGGGGCUCCUGGCACACCUGGAGGUGGGGGAGAUCCCUGGGGGAUAUCAAAGCUGCUGCUUUGCUGUGAAAAGGGGGGCCGUGGGGUGGGCUCCAGCCCUGCCUCCCCCCGCCCCUCCCUCUCUCCCUCUCCCCUCCCCCUCCUCCAGCAUCCUCCCUACCCCCAGUGCAGGCAGGAGGGAGCUGAAGUCUGGCAGGAGGAGAUGAAGUCUCUUUUGGAGGUGCUGGGGUCGCGUUCCCCCCCCCAGAUUUUUUGGGGGCCGUUUGUUUUUUCCUUCCCUUCUAUAUGUAGCAUUGCUCGGCUGCGGGGCUGGGACCUCCCCUUCCCUGGGGGGGCUUGGAGGGAGAGGAGGAAGAGGGGUUGAGAGGUGUGGGGGUUGGGGGGU